AAUUAUAUGCAUGUGUCAAUCUUGGGAAAGUCCAUGUGUGAUAUAUUAGACCAGUACUAGAUUCUCCCCAUGAUGGCCUUAUUUUACUUCCUAAAUAUUUUCAUAUUCCUUGGUUCUCUUUCUCUCAUUAGAGGAAGUGACGAACCUUGUCAGAAUCUGGCAGGCACGUGCCAGGACGACCAUAUGUCAUGCGAGGGAACCUACAUAACUGGACAUUGUUCUGGGGGAACUCAUCGGAGAUGUUGUGUGUCUCCAAGGUCUACAGACAUAGGAGAUGGAGUGAAAAUUUACUCACGUGAAAGCUGGGGAGCUAGAGAGCCAAAACACUUCCAGGUCUUUUCUAAACCAGCCAGCCUCUUUUUCAUCCACCACACUGCUGGCCACUCGUGUCAUGACUUCGAUUCUUGUGUAACUGCCUUAAAAGGAAUACAGAAUUUCCACAUGGACACACGAGGGUGGGAUGACAUUGGCUAUAGUUUCUUAGUUGGACAGGACGGCCAAAUUUACGAGGGGCGGGGUUGGGAUCACGUUGGUGCGCACACAUUGCAUUAUAACACGCGUGGUUACGCAGCUUCCUUCAUGGGCAACUACAUGACGCAUCCACCAAAUGACGCGUCUCUGCAUGCCGCACAGAAGCUUAUUGAAUACGGAGUAAGCAAGGGAUACAUUUCGUCUACAUAUAAACUAUACGGACAUCGUGAUGUGGGGAGUACAGCUUGCCCCGGCGAUGCUCUUUACCCAGUCAUUCAAACAUGGCCACAUUAUAGUCACAUUAAGCCAUGAAAAAAAAACAAAACAUAUUUCUGAAUUAAAAUUUUAUUUACAAACUGUGUUCAAUUAUCUUCUAAUCAUUAUGAGUACAUAUUAAAGUAUGUACGGAAUAUACAUUGUACCGGUAUGAUGAUCAGUUUCUUUUAACUACGUUCACUUUGCAAAAAUUAGAAUAUUGUGUACUUACAUUAUAUCUGUGUUUGGAAACUGGUCUUUCAAAUGAGACUGUAUAAACUGAUGUCCCGUGUCGAGGUAGGUGCUGACAG